AUGCCCCGGGGUCAGAAGAGUAAGCACAGCACUCGUGAAAAACGCCGCCAGUCUCGUGGUGACUCCCAGAGUCACAGGAAAGUUCAGGCCCCUGUAGCAAUGGAAGAGUCCCCCACCUCCUGUUCUCCUGUUUUGGAGGGUAAUACCCAGAGUUCUUCAGCUACUGAGUCAACUAGCACUUCCCAGGAGGCUUGGGGAGCCCCAUCUACCACCAUUACCUCUUCAGAUAUUUCUGGCACAAGAUCUGAUGAAGGUGAGAACAGCCAAGAUGAGGAACAUCUAUGUUUCCCUGAGAGCACUGAUAUUCUAACUAUGAAGCUGAGUUUGUUGGAACAGUUUCUUCUGUACAAAUACAAAAUGAAACAGCCCAUUACGAAGGAAGACUUGCUGAAGAUUAUUGGCCAAAACUACAAAGACCAAUAUCCUGAGAUCCUCAAGAAAGCCUCUGAGCGCAUUGAGGUUGUCUUUGCAGUUGACUUGAAAGAAGUCGACUCAACCAGACAAUCCUAUGACCUCGUCAGCAAAGUGAAACUCCCUAACAAUGGGAGGGUGCGUGCUGGCAGGGGGUUGCCCAAGACUGGUCUCCUGAUGACAGUCCUUGGUGUGAUCUUCAUGAAAGGCAACUGUGCUACUGAGGAAGACAUCUGGAAAUUUCUGGGUAUGAUGCGAGUAUUUGCCGGGAGGAAGCAUUUCAUUUACGGAGAGCCUAAGAAGCUCAUCACCAAAGACUUGGUGAGGCUAAAGUACCUGGAGUACCGCCAAGUACUCAACAGUGAUCCUCCACGCUAUGAGUUUUUGUGGGGUCUGAAAGACCAAGCUGAAACCAGCAAGAUGAAAGUCCUGGAAUUUUUGGCCAAGGUCAAUGAUACGGUUCCCAAUGCCUUCUCAUCAAGAUAUGAAGAAGCUUUGAGAGAUGAGGAAGCAAGAGCCCGAGCUAGACCUACAGUCAGGCUAGGUGCUACUCCUAUAGCCAGUGUGCAUUACAGGGGCACAUGCAGCAACUUCUCCCACCCCUAUUGA